AUGGACCAAAGCAUCGAUCUUGAAUCGGGAACAAUCCCAGAGUUGAACAAACCAGCUCCAGGGACGUGGCGGUUUCCUAAAAACCCGGCUUUGUGUUGUAUCUACAGAGUCCCAAACUGUAUGCGUCAAGUAAAUCCAGAAGCAUACACGCCUCAGACUGUUCUCAUUGGACCACUUCACCAUUCUUUGAAAUCCAAAGCUCUCAAGUCUCGUGGAGACGUCACAGACACAAAGUCAAUGGACUACUUAAACAUGGAGAGGCACAAGAAGAUGUACCUAGCGGAAUUCGCCAAAAGGAUGGGAGGAGGUGAGAAAACCAUCGACGGUUUCAGAAGAACCAUCGAAGAUAACGAAGAGAUGAUCAGAGAAAGCUACUCGGAAUGA